UGGGGAGUGGUGGGAUUCGUGCUCUGUGGUCGGGGGUGGGGGGGGACGAGCUACGCCUCGACGAUUCUCUCUCUCUCUCUCUGUCUCAUAGUUUAAUUUGUCCCGUGUCCUUGCCUCCUCUGUGUGUGUUGUGUGUGUGUCUCUCUCCUCGGUUAGCCGCUGGUCUUGUCGGCUGUGUCUGCGCACGCGUGCGUGUAUUGCGUGUGUUUGUGUGCUCUUAAGUCUGCCACCCACCGUCUCUCGUCUCCGGGAGUAACUCCACCACCACCACCACCGCCGCCGCCUGUCCCGAGUCCCGAGUCUGUCUCUGUACCCCGGUGUCUCACCCGGCAUGGCGCGGCCGGACGAGGAGGUGAACCGCCUGACGGAGAACGCCUACAAGGCCAUCUCGGACCAGUUCAACCCAAGCCUGAGGAACCUCAUCACAACAGGGAAAAACUACGAAAAGUCUCUGUCCAGUGUCACGAACUCUGCCAAGAGUUACUUUGAAGCGCUGAUGAAGAUGGGGGAACUCGCAGGGUCCAGCCACGCGUCCAAGGGCAUGAGCGACACGAUCACGCAGAUGGCAUUGACUCAAAAGCAGAUCCUGCAUUUGUUGGAGGAAACGCUCAAGUCAUUCCGGACAGACAUUCUCUCCGACAUGGAGCAGAAGCUCGAGUCUGACAUCAAAUUUUUGCCGUCGGCCCUGCGCAAGUACCAGGGGGAGCACAAGGCGAAGUGUGACGUCCUCGACAGGAACACGACGGAGCUGAAGAAGCUGCGCAGGAAGAGCCAGGGCUCCAAGAACCCGGGCAAGUACAACGAGAAGGAGGCGCAGGUGGCGGACCUGGUGGCGGCAAAGCAGCAGGAGGUCAACAGCCUCGUGGCGGACGGCUACCGCUCCGUGCUGCUGGAGGAGCGGCGCCGCUACUCCUACUUUAUCGAGCGCCAGUGCCUCAUGGCACAAGCGCUCACCACCUACCACAGCAAGGCGUCCGAUCUGAUCUCGCAGAAGCUGCCGAUGUGGCUGGAGGUGGGCAGCGACGUGAUGCUGAUCCCCGACGCGGCGCUGGCGCCGGUCUCCGCGCUGGACGCCAGCGCCCUGCGCGCCGGCGGCCUCGGCGGCGGCGGCGGUGGCGGUGGAAACGACUACAUCUCCAACCCCGUGCCCACACAGAACACCCUGCACAUCCCCCCCGAGCUCGCGGCGCUCAAGGGCAUCGGCCGAUCACAGCAUGAGGUGAUAAAGCUAGAGCCGCUAAAACUGGACGGGCCGGGCGGUCCGGCGCCAUUCGGCGGCGAUGGUGGAUUCUACGGCACGGAGCAAAAACCCCGCUCGCCGCUCAGCAAACCGCCGCCCGACUUCUACGCCAACACUCUCCCGUCGCGCAAGAACGUCACUGAGCGCCCCAGCGUGCUCACCACUGCAGACCCUUCGUCGGGUCCGUUCCCACGCACGACGUCCAUGUCGACGGGGCUGAACCGCGUGACGGCGGCGCCGGGACAGCGCCCGCGCGUCGUGGCGGCGUUCGCGCACGACUCCCGGGGCGACGCCUCGCUGCUCUCGUUCCAAGCGGGCGACAACAUCGCGCUGCUGGUGCCCGCGGCGCGCGACGGCUGGCACUACGGCGUCAACGAGCGCACGGCACAGAAGGGCUGGUUCCCCUACUCCUACACUCGCGCCAUGGAGAGCUCCACGGAGGACGACAAGCAGAGCUCUCGCCUGGUGCGCAGCGUGAGCAUGGGGAAUCUGCUGGAGAAGGAGGGGGGGGCGGGCCUCGUGCUGCCGCCCCCCGACUACGACUCGGUGUACUCGCACCCGGACGGGAGGGCCGCCCUCCCCCCGCCCCCCAUGCACGUCUCCCAGCCCCCGACUCCCGACUACGGGCAGAAUAACAACACAGUCCGGAACAGCAACGGCAUGGCUCUCAUCCUCAGCAGCCCCCUUGCCGAUGUCGAUUUACCCACAGCCAGGUUUUGAUAAGAGUUCCGCAGGCGUGUGAGGCGGAAACCCAUUUGCGAGCGUCAAGCUGAAACCCACGGUCACCAACGAUCGCUCGGGACCCAUGGUCAAGUGAGGCCGCCGAUGACCCUGGGGCCCACGGACCUCCUCCCCAAGACCAAGACCACCUCGCGGAGCUCCGCCAUGGUUCCUCGCACGCCCUCUACCCCCAAUUUUUUUUUUCUCAAACCCCUCGUGGUUGGCUUCCUCUUCCUCGCCCGCCGGGCCACGCCGGGCCCCACCGGGCCACGCCGGGCCCCACCGGGCCCCACCGGGCCCCACCGGGCCCCACCGGGCCCCACCGGGCCCCACCAGCCAUUGUUGUCUGUCUGUAACGCCGCUGCGCUUGUUAGAUGAAUAAUAAUAACUUAUCUUGAUUUUUCGUUUAUUUUUUCCCGACGUUUAAAUUUCCCGUCCCUCUGGGUGAGGGGCACACGCAGCAGUUCCUGGUCUCCUCCCGACUCCUACCUCCACGCUGGCGGGACUCAACCCGGACUUUGCGCACGCGUGCGCGCAUUAAAUUCCGUGUCGGGUUUUUUUAUUUUUUUGUUUACUUUGUUAAGCUUUUUUCAGUCAUCGUUUAUGGAAUGUGCGCGAGUUUUUCUGGGUGUUUUUGUAAUUACACACUACACCUGAUUGCGUUGCUAUUUUGUGGGGUGGGUGGCGGCACUGUCAACGUCAACGUUCCCGCGAUGUCGUCCGUGCGCGCGCAAUAGCUGUCGGGCCCGCGUUCGACUCCCGGUCAUGCGGGCGCAGAGAUCCACCAAUUAACUCGGCGUUAAAUAAACGUGGGCUGCGUGCGGGCGGCGAUAGCGCGGCCAUCGCUCGGCUUCGAGUUUGAGAUGACGACGGCGGUCGGGCUUGUGCGGGGCGCGUGGCGCCGGUACCGAACCGCCGCGACGUUGGCACAUGGCACGUGCACCCACGCUGGUACCAACAGGUCCUCUCUUGCUGAAACUCGCCCAAGGCUGCCCCCACCCCCCCCCCCGUGUCUUUGUACAAGCAUAGGAGGAGGGGUGUGGCAUCGUUAGCGUGUGGCGUCGGCUAUGGCUUGGGAUAGCGGUGGUGCGGUUAGACUCGGCGUUAGGGUUGUGGUUGGCGCCACUGGCGGAGCCGGGGUGGGGGGAGGGGGGAUGGCACGUGCCCCCCCAAUGAUCCGAUCGAAAUCCCUAAUUUCGAUCGGAUCAUUAGGGUUUA